AUGGCCCAGUUACCUACAGAGAACGUGAUUCGACCAUCGUUAUCCAGAAGAAACAGUCGGCCCUCCCUAUUAUCGUCGCUAUCGUCACUGUCAUCACUGCAUACGAAUAUCAUCUGGCAUCAUGACGUUGUUGUAGAGCAGCAGUCGCCUGCAACAGUAGCAAAGACGCUGGCACGGCUAAGUCCAGGAUGUAAUAAUCCCACAACGGCAGUUCGUCGUGACUUCAUUGUGGCACCUCCAUCUAUCGAAUCUCCCAGAUCAAAUUCAAGCUCAAGCUUAAGCUGCAGUCCCAGUACCACUUCACCGAUAUCAAUGCCCAUCGAUCACAGGAAUCUAUCCGCAAAGUCACCUUGUUUCGUCCAUUCUCAUCUAGAUAAGGGAGCCUCCCUACAAGACUGGCUCGAAGUCCAUGCAAAGGAGAACGAGUUAAUCGGAUCAGACGUCGGCGUCGCCAGGGCUCUUCAGCAACGUCAACACACCGUUGAGUUGCCUUGUCCUGAUGGGGGCAGCCAUACGCUCUCGGAAGAUGACGAGUCCGAUUCUUAUGGCGGCAACCUGACGAAACAGCUGGCGGAAACAGCAGUUGGGGUUCGUGAAAUGAGCAAGCAGCUCGGACGUGCUCGAAUAAGGUCCAAUAUCCAGAGUGUCCUCAUCGUGACCAAGGCCAGGGAUAACCGCCUCAUUAAGUUGACGCGCGAGCUUGCAUUGUAUCUGAUGCUCAAACCUCGUCAAGGGGGUCGGGGCCUCAUUGUCUAUGUAGACCAUCAACUGCGCAACUCAAGAAGGUUCGAUGCCACAGGCAUUCAGAGAGAUCAUCCAGAAUUGUUUGAGCCUCUCCCACGAAGACGGUCGUCUAGCAGCAAUUCUCUCUCUUCCUUAUCAUCGUCAUCCACUCAGCAAGAUGACUUUAACGGACACCAGGAAGGUCAGCUACGGUACUGGACCAGUGACAUGUGUAGCCAUAGUCCACAUCUAUUUGAUUUUGUCAUCACGCUUGGGGGAGAUGGCACUGUUCUUUUUACAUCAUGGCUCUUUCAGCGAAUUGUUCCUCCCGUUCUCCCUUUCGCACUCGGCUCCCUUGGCUUCCUCACUAAUUUCGACUUCGCUGACCACCAAGCGGUUGUAGACUCAGCCAUUGACUCCGGUAUUCGUGUCAAUCUACGCAUGCGAUUUACGUGUACAGUCUACCGUGCUGUGUUCGACAAGGGAAAGUGCCGCAAGGCUGUGAAAAAGGGUGAAACAGGUGAAAUUAUGAUGAAGGACGUCAACAAAGGAGGGUGGGAGGCACUCGAAGGAGGUUGGUCUGGCGGUUUUACCAGCUUGGAGGGCGGCAAGUGUUCAAAGGACAAGGAGAUCAUGUGCUUCACAACGAGACCAGUCGAAACGUUUGAGGUUCUCAAUGAUCUCGUGGUGGACCGGGGACCCAGUCCCUAUGUCAGCUUGCUUGAAUUGUUUGGUGACGAACACCAUAUGACAACCGUGCAAGCCGAUGGGCUUUGUGUAUCCACGCCCACCGGUUCCACUGCUUAUUCCUUAUCUGCCGGAGGGUCCCUGGUUCACCCUGAGAUACCCGCAAUCCUCAUCAGUCCCAUCUGCCCUCACACGCUAUCCUUCCGUCCCAUGCUUCUUCCCGACAGCAUGGAGCUUCGAAUAUGUGUCCCAUACAAUUCUCGUAGCACAGCUUGGGCAUCUUUCGACGGCCGAGGACGUGUAGAAUUGCAACAGGGUGAUCAUAUCAAAAUAACCGCUUCCAAAUACCCUUUCCCAACUGUUUGUGCGGAUAAACAGUCAACCGACUGGUUCCAUGCCAUCUCACGAACCCUGAAGUGGAAUGAACGCGAGCGUCAAAAAUCGUUUGUCGUAGUCGAAGAGGGCCCAUCACGGAAAUCUAGCACAGGGAAAACCAGGAGUCCUGAACAAAUGAAACAAGAUAACAUGUUGGACGCAACUCUGGAGGAUGAAGAGGAGGAUGAGACAACGUCUGACGAGGAAGAUGACAAGUUCGACAUUGAUGACUCAUCUCCUGAGGCUUCGACGAGGGGAGGCAAUACCAUCCAUAUUCCCAACGAGCUAAAACCCAGAGAAGCUGCAGUCGGUCUCGCAAAAGCCCGCGGGGAAGCGGGCUCCCAGACGGAUGACGAUUUACUCUCGACACCAGAGUUGGCUGCGUUUGCGCUCACUCAAGGACGUCGGCUCAAAUUCUCUCGUUCGGCUAAAUCUCGUUCGCGCUCAAGAUCAGGUUUGCGUUCUGGCGUUGAUACUCCAGGACGGUUCGCUGGACCCGCACACCGUCCGCCUCAUAUUAGUGCUCAUCACAUUGACCAUCAAUUAAGGACGCCAUCCCCCGCACUCUCAAAUUCCUCGGAUGACUCGUUGUCGAACAUGGACGCCGCUCAGCGCGGCGCUCGUGAUGAUAUAUAUUCUCGAGAGCAAUACUUGAGUGCUCGUAGUCGCAUUCCCAAGGACAGAGAAUUUGACGACAAUCUUCAGACUCCUACUAUGUCAGAUACACUCGCGGGACGCAGAAACCAUCAUAGAGUCGAUUCGAGGGAUUACGACCAACAUCAUCCACGUGCCUUUGCUGUCUGGGGUAAUGACGAGUCUGACAGUAAUGCAAGUGACAGUGAUGCCUAA